AUGGGAGCGGCGGUUCGCGCGGCGGCCGCGGACGCCGUGGUGACGUUCCUGUGGGUGCUGUGCGCCUCCGCGCUCGGCGCCUCCACGGCGGCCGUCACGUCGUACCUGGGGGUGCAGGAGGGCGCCGGCGGCCACUACUCGCUCCUCGUCACCGCGUCCCUCCUCUCGGUGCUCCUCUUCACCUUCGACCUCCUCUGCGGCGCGCUCGGCGGCGCCAGCUUCAACCCCACCGACUUCGCCGCCUCCUAUGCCGCCGGGCUCGACAGCCCCCUCCUCUUCUCCGUCGCGCUCCGAUUCCCGGCGCAGGCCGCCGGCGCUGUGGGCGGCGCCCUAGCGAUCUCGGAGCUGAUGCCGGCGCAGUACAAGCACACGCUCGCGGGCCCCUCGCUCAAGGUGGAUCCCCACACCGGCGCCCUUGCGGAAGGGGUGCUCACCUUCGUCAUCACCCUGGCCGUGCUCUGGGUCAUCGUCAAGGGCCCCCGCAACGCCAUCCUCAAGACCUUGUUGCUCUCAGUCUCCAUUGUCUCCCUCAUCCUGGCAGGCGCAGAGUACACCGGACCGUCCAUGAACCCAGCUAAUGUCAGUAUCUUGCCUUUCCUUUCAUUUUGUUCUCUUUGUGUUUGUUUGCUUCAAUUCAAUGUCCAUGGGUAG